UUUGGCAAUUUGAUUGAAUUUGAUCUGUUUUGAUCGAAAACGGUGCAGAAAAUAUUCCUAUGAAAUUCGAAUUUAAUUUAUAAUUUGCAAGUGAAAGAUAAGACCGCUCGGCUAAGUGCAGUGAUAACAACGUAUUUUCCAUCGCUAAUAAUAUAAAUACAACGUCGCGGUGACUACAAUGUCUUGGACAGUACAUAGUGUGGUUUUGGUUUACACCAUCGUAUUCUGUCGCACUGGCGGAAAUACUUAGAGUUUUUAGUACAUAAUUAACAAAUUAUUGCAAGUGAUAUAGUUAUUUUUACUUGAUUUAUCUAUUACAUUAAUAAUGCAUGAGUGCUCAUAUUGUGCUAAAAAGUUCAAAUAUGAGAGUGAGAAGAAAAGACAUGAACUGAGUCAUAUUCCACAGUUUGAGUGUAAAGAAUGCUGCAAAAAGUUUAGUUUUAUAUCUGCAUUGAAGAGACACCAAAAGCAACAUGAAAGGACCUGUAGUGUGAUUUGCAGUGACUGUGGACGCAGCUUUAGAGAUGAACCAUUACUCAAGCGGCACAUAAAAUAUGCACAUAAGGGUAUCCAUGUUUGCUCAAAAUGCAGUUCAACAUUCCACAGCGACCUUGCAUUAUCCUCACAUAUGAAGUCACACAAACCAAAAUGUGAAAGGAGGUUCAAAUGCAAAUAUUCGGGAUGCAACAAAUCAUUCAAUUUCUCACACCAUCUGAAACACCAUGAGCUAACCCACACAAAUCAAAAGCAACAUAGUUGCAAAAUAUGUGGAAAAGGGUUCAUCCAAUUGCAUCAUUUGAAAACGCAUUUGAAAUCCCAUGAAUUGGAUGACUUGAACCCAAUUUCUUCUGUACUAGAUUGUAAUCAUACAAUUUUAACAGAGGUCCCUAAAAAGAGACGGUUUGCUGCAAACAAAACGACUAAUGAUAGCGGAAUAUCAUCGGACUCCAAUUGCGACAUUUCACAAGAUUCCACCAAAGGCUCAAAACUCUGUGCAACAUGUGGUCAAAUGAUAAAAUCAUCGCUGUAUGAAACUCACAAGGAAAAAUGCAUAAGCACGGAAGAAAUACCUGAAGACCUGUCUUUAAAGUUAUUGCCCAGUAUUGAGUUCAAUAAUAAUAAUACGACAGUUAAAUCAGAGUUGAACUGUGAGUCAAUAUUAGGCGCUUGUAUUGUUAGUGGGGACUCGCCCGGUAGUAACUGCCUGUGUGCUCAAAUUAAAAUAGAUGUCGAUUUUCACGACAUAGCAAGUCCUAUAGAACCUUUUAACGUUAAAAACCAAUUGCAACCUAUAGAAUCCCUUUGCGAUAAAGGAAUUACUAGAAAUAAUUGUGGCUGUGAAUGUUCUAGUAAAAAAGUAUGCAACUUAAGUACAAAUAUGAGACAUUGUGAUAAAAAAGACUUCCCAGAAAUAGAAUACAGAAACGAUGGAGUUAUAAAAAUAAAAGAUACAUUUGAUUUCGACGUAAUAGACACCAUUACUCCUACAAAGGAAGUGGAAACAGAUGAACAAUACGAUUCAUUCAAGUUGAAUAAUUUUGUGCCAUACAAUAGUUGCCAAGCUGUGCUAGGAAGAUGUAUUGUGAGUGGGAAUGGUACUAUGAGUGAAGAGUGUCUUUGUGCAAAAAUGGCCAUGGAUGACCAGACAGACAUUGCACAGGAAGAAAUUGACGAGAUAACUCCGCACCCAAACAUAUCAAGUGGACAAAAUGUUAUCUGUGAUUAAUAAUUAAUUAAUUAAUUAUAACAAUGUUAACUUAUUAUAUCUUUGUUAUCUUUGUUAUGUACU